AUGAGUGAAAAGGAAAAAUCCCGUCGAAAACGGACAUCCAGCGAUCCGGAAGUGAAAGAGCAGAAUGAUGAUGCAAAACACUCACCGGAACAUCCAGAAUCGCAGGAAAAUAAAGAAGCCGAUGGUGAAGAUGACGAUGGUGGAUGGAUAGGACCGAUGCCAUCGGCUGCAGCACAACCCAAGAAACGGAAAGUGCUAGAGUUUGAGAAGCUUUAUAUCGAAAAUCUACCGGAUGCCGAGUGCUACGAGAAGUCGUUCAUGCAUCGGGACACUAUCACUCAUCUAGUGGUGACGCGGUCGGAAUUUAUCGUCACCGUCAGUGUAGAUGGGCAUGUAAAGUUCUGGAAGAAGAUGGAGCUAGGCAUCGAGUUUGUGAAGCACUUCCGCAGCCAUUUGGCACCGAUCAACUAUCUGGCGGCCAACUGUAGCGGUACUUACCUUUGCACCGCUUCGGUGGAUAAAAGCAUCAAGGUGUUUGAUGUGAUUAACUUUGAUAUGAUUAAUAUGCUAAAGCUCGAGUACGUUCCGUAUAGGGUUGAGUGGAUCCAUCGGAUGGGUGAUGUGAUUAGCUAUUUGGCAGUAGCCGACCAAGAUUCACCGGUAAUUAGAAUCUACGAUGCAAAAGGAACAAACACUCCACUGCAUACCCUGGAAAAGCUGCACACAAAACCCGUAGUUAUGAUCCGUUACAAUCCCUCCUUCGAGGUUACCAUCUCAAUCGAUAAGGCAGGAAUCCUCGAGUACUGGUAUGGACCACGGCAUGAUUUUAAAUUUCCCUCAAAGAUUGUACACUUUGAGUCGAAGCUCGAUACUAGCUUGUACGAGUUUGCGAAGAACAAAACGACCGUCACCUCAUUAAGCUUUGCACCCGAUGGGAAAAAGUUUGCUACCAUGUCCACCGACCGGCAGGUUCGUGUAUUUGGCUUUCUUAGCGGGAAGUUGCUGCGUGUGUACGAUGAAAGUUUGGCACGAUACAGCGAAAGUCAGCAACUAUCGCAGACACUAUCGAACAUGGAAUUUGGACGCCGCAUGGCAAACGAGCGUGAUUUGGAAAAAUCGGAUGCAUUUGCCAAUAUGAAUGUGACGUUUGAUUAUAGCGGACAUUUCAUACUGUACCCUACCAUGCUCGGCAUUAAGCUGGUUAACAUUGAGACGAACCGAUGUGCAAAGAUUAUUGGAAAGAAUGAUAAUUUACGGCCGCUUAAUUUGGCCCUCUUUCAGGGUAAAGUAAAGUUCUCGAAAGCGGCUACCACACUCGAGCAGGAAGCGUCGGAUAAUAAGGCUGCUCAGGCUAUACCGAACGAUCCUACGCUUUUCUGCACAGCUUACAAAAAGCAACGAUUCUACCUUUACACGAGACGACUACCGUCUGAUUUGCAAGAUAUGGAAAGAGAUGUGUUCAAUGAGAAACCGUCCAAGGAAGACAUCAUCUCCGUUACCGAAGGACAGGGCGUACAAAAGAUCUACGACAAUGCGGUUCUGCAUACGACCAUGGGUGACGUCCACAUGCGGCUGUUCGGCAAGGAGUGUCCUAAAACGGUGGAAAACUUUUGCGUACACAGCAAGAAUGGCUAUUACAAUGGGCAUCUGUUCCAUCGCGUGAUUAAGGGCUUCAUGAUACAAACGGGUGAUCCGACCGGUACCGGUACCGGUGGCCAAUCAAUCUGGGGUGGUGAAUUUAAGGAUGAAUUCUGCUCCACGCUAAAGCAUGAUCGGCCGUACACGGUCAGCAUGGCCAAUGCGGGACCGAAUACGAACGGUAGUCAAUUCUUCAUUACUGUGCUACCGACGCCCUGGCUGGAUAAUAAGCAUACGGUAUUCGGGCGUGUGCAUAAGGGUAUGGAAAUUGUGCAGAACAUAUGCAAUGCAAAGACGAACCCCAAGACCGACAAACCUUACGAUGAAAUUCGGAUCAUUUCAAUCAACUUAACUUAG